AUGGAUCAAGAAGAAUACGACAUAUCUUCCUUGCCGCCGCACAUCAUUUCGACGCUUUUCGACUCCAUCGACAACACAUCCACAGCCUCCUCACGCGACGACCUCGACAUCUUUUUCCACUGCUGGAUCAAACCACAUUGCCCGGCAUGUCUGUCCCCUGACAACAAAUACCCGUGCUCCUGGUGCGCUACGUCUCAAACCUGCGUGCCCAACACCGUGUACGACUACCCUUUUGGGAUCCUGGCGCCCCUGAAAACCGACUCUCUCUGCCCGCUUGGAUGGCGUGAGAGGUGGGAACUUCGAGCUCGGCCAUUCAGUUGUCGCUGCUCAAGCAUGACUUUUGUCAGCGUUGUUGUCGCUGUGGUCGCCACGUUCUUGUCUCUCCAGCUCAUAUGGCUUCUAAUCACCAUUUGCCGAUGGGCAGGGCGGAGAUGGAGAAGGAGACAGAAAGGUUGGUGGAGAUCACGAAACUGGGUUCCUACCUGGAUGCAAAGGACGCAUAGAGACCCUGCUGCUCCCCAAAGCCAGGAGAACGACAGUGAAGGCGACGGCGAUGGCAUCACAUCGCAACCUCCGCGCCAGAAUGAUGAAACGACUCCAUUGCUUGCUUGA